AUUCUGGUGGAGAUCAUAAACCAUGACAAUAAUAAUGCAUUGGGUGGCUGCACAAGUUACGUUCAAGACAAUGGAACAACAGACAAGGAAGCUACUUCUAUUUCUUUAGAGUCUUCUAAGUCAAACUUAAUCAUUGCAGGAGGCGUGUCUAACAAGGGAGCGUCUAAAACAGAAGUAGUACAAAGCCAGAGUCUGACUUCUUCAAUUAGAGAGUCGGAUAAUACAUAUGGGCAAAGUGGUGUUAGUACGAGGGGAUCUUCUUGUGGUUUAACAGGGUUGUUAAAUCUUGGUAAUACUUGUUUCAUGAAUAGUGCGAUUCAAUGCCUUGUUCACACACCUGAGUUUGCCAGAUAUUUCCGCGAGGAUUAUCACCAGGAGAUUAACAGGCAGAAUCCUUUGGGCAUGGUUGGCGAGCUUGCUAUGGCAUUCGGUGACUUGCUUAGAAAGCUAUGGGCUCCUGGACGAACAUCUGUUGCCCCUCGUCCAUUUAAAGCAAAGCUUGCUCGAUUUGCACCCCAAUUUAGUGGUUAUAAUCAGCAUGAUUCCCAGGAACUUUUAGCAUUUUUGCUUGAUGGUCUACAUGAAGAUCUGAAUCGUGUAAAGCACAAACCCUAUAUUAAGUCUAGAGAUGCAGAUGGCAGACCCGAUGAAGAAGUUGCAGAUGAAUAUUGGGCGAAUCACAUUGCUCGUAAUGACUCCAUAAUUGUCGACGUCUGCCAAGGUCAAUACAAAUCGACUUUGGUCUGUCCAGUGUGCAAUAAAGUUUCUGUCACGUUUGACCCCUUCAUGUAUCUCUCAUUACCACUCCAGUCAACUACCACCCGUACCAUGACAGCAACUCUUUUUACUAGUGAUGGAAGUAAGCUGCCAUCAACUUUAACUGUCACUGUACCAAAGCAGGGUCGGUGUAGGGAUCUAAUCCAGGCACUUAACAGCGCUUGUUUGUUGAAGCACAGUGAGAAGCUCUUGUUGGCGGAGGUGCGAGACCAUUUGAUUCACAGGUUCCUAGAAGAUCCCUUGAUAUCAUUGUCCACAAUAAAAGAUGAUGACCAUAUUGCUGCCUACAAGAUUCCAAAGUUGACUAAGAAUACUAAAUAUCUUCAAUUAGUACAUCGGAGACAAGAACAGGUAACUAGUGAUGCCCACGCUAUGUCAGGAUGGAGACCUUUUGGAACUCCUCUUGUGUCGGUCGUCUCAUGUGAUGAUCCGGUGACGAAGGGCUACAUUCAAAGAAUAAUUAAAAGAGUGCUCUCUCCAAUGGCGAAGACUGGGACUUUGAUGGAUACUGAUGUAUUUGAUUCUAGUGUGUCACAUGCAGGAGAAGAUCUUCAUCCUCGUGACUCUUCUAUUGAAACAUGCACAGUAUCCAUAUCAAGUUUAAUGAACAAGGAUGAUCCAAAGUCCAAAGGAGCGGAACCUUUUAAAUUACCUCUUCAGUUGUUGAAUAAAGACAAUGUUUGCAUUGACCUAUCAACUGGAGAGGAAUCCGUGCAAUUACCCCCAUCAUCAUCAGUCCUGGUGUAUAUUGAUUGGUCUCAAAAGCUUAUGAAGAAGUUUGAUACUUUUUACCUAGAAAACUUGCCUGAAGUUUUUAAAUCUGGGCCUGUGAUGAAAAAAGCUCGAACUGAGCCACUCUCCUUGUAUUCUUGUUUGGAAUCCUUUCUUCGGGAAGAACCACUUGUUCCUGAAGAUAUGUGGUUCUGCCCUCAAUGCAAAGAGCGACGACAAGCCAGUAAAAAGCUUGACCUUUGGCGGCUUCCAGAGGUGUUAGUCAUCCAUCUUAAAAGAUUCUCAUACAGCAGGUCGAUGAAGCAUAAACUAGAAACAUUUGUUAACUUUCCGAUUCACGACUUUGACUUGACGAAUUACGUAGCUAAUAAAAAUAACUCCCAACGUCAACUGUAUGAACUCUAUGCUUUAACCAACCAUUAUGGUGGCAUGGGUAGUGGUCACUACACUGCACAUAUAAAGCUUAUCGACGAAAACAGGUGGUACAAUUUUGAUGAUAGUCAUAUAUCACUUAUAAAUGAAGAAGAAGUGAAAUCAGCCGCUGCUUAUGUCCUCUUUUAUCGGCGGGUGAGGACGGAAGAUGUAUCAGUCAGUAAUGGAUUACAAUGAUGUGCCUCAACUCAGAAGUAGAUGCUAUUGAUCUCUGUGCUUAUUUUCCUUAAAGAAAUGGGAUUGCAGGUAUGUGUACAUCGAAACUUUAUUGCAUAUGUACUCCCCACCCUUGUUCUGGUUUCAAUAAUUCCAGAAAAGGGUGAAAGUUACAAAAACUAUCCACUAUAAGUGGCUGUUUAGCAUGUGAACCUCAACUUGUGAAGUAAUGCCACCCACAUGGGGUAUUUAUUACCCCAAUAUUUUCAUUAAAUAAGCAUAUAAACAGAAAUCUUGAAGACUUUUAAUCUGAAAUCCAAUGCUGAUAGUGUUUAGGAAGCUUUUAUAA